AUGCCCCCCCCCUCCCCAUCACCUUUAUAUAAAUAGAGACAGCAGCUCUUUUGUGUUAUCUGUACUGAUGGGAAAUGUUUAGACUGUGAAGCAGCUUGUCCUCGGGUUUAUUUAGCAAACCCUGUAACAUUUUCCAGAUAAAUCUGUUUCAGGCUGCGAUUCAGACUUUGGCAGAACUCGUCCUCUUCUCAACAUUCGUGUGACCGUGACCCAGCUAACCAUGAGCAAUAACUACAGCGUGACCCUGAUCGGACCUUCACCCUGGGGCUUUAGACUUCAGGGUGGGAAAGACUUCAGUAUGCCCCUCACCAUCUCCAAACUUACAGAUGGAGGAAAGGCGGCUAAAGCUAAAAUCAGCGUGGGUGACACUGUGCUUUCUAUCGAUGGGAUCGCCACUAAUGCCAUGACACAUCUGGAGGCCCAAAAUAAAAUUAAAGCCUGUACGGGAAACCUCAGCCUGUCACUGAUGAGGUCUUCCGGUGGUUCAAAGGAGGAACCACUGGAGAUUAUAAAACCUGUGCCCAUCAGCCAACCGUCUGCACCCAGCACCACCAGCUCUGCCAACCUCACCCCGGGCAGCAACCCCUACAAUAAAACCGCACGGCCCUUCGGAGGAGCCGUUAGUACAGUGAGAUCAGUCAGCCCGUCCCUGAGUCCCACGCCUCCCAUGGCACCCAAAGCCUCCAUCCCCUCGGCCACCUCCGCUUUUACGCCAGCAGCUCCGUCUCAACAGCCUCCCCAGCCUCCCUUUCCUCUGGGCGGAGGCACCGGACGCUCGCUGCCCUCAUCUAGCUCCGCCCCUAAGCCCGCUUCUGGACAAUACCCCUUUGCCAAUACCUCCUCUACUUCCUCAUCCGGCUCCUCCUCCCCAGCGAGAGUGACAGCUCCAUCUUCUGUCCCGACCGCCCCUCAGCCCUCGGUCUAUAACACGCCCUUCAGCCUCUACUCCAAUGAGAACGCCUGUGAGGUGGCCAUGGGUCAAAGGCGGGGUCUUCUGGAGAGCAGAGGGGAACAACUCAAUGGGACUGCACGUAAACCUGUCAUGGAAACCGAGGUGAAUCAUGUGUCUCCUGCGAGUGAUGCAAGUAAAAAGCGUCUGAUCGAGGACACGGAGGACUGGCAUCCACGUACAGGAACAUCACAGUCUCGAUCCUUCAGGAUCCUGGCACAGAUCACAGGAACAGAGAACGAUCAAGCCCAGGAGAACCGGCCCGGAAAGAAGGAGGAAACCGUAGAUGUUCAGCCCAGCGCUCAUCUGACAUCUUCAGUGAAAACCAUGAGUAAAACUCCUGCUGGAGCUCCUCGACAGGGCAACGGAGUCCCAUCGACUACAACCAAAAACUGGCAGUCUGGAAACACUGCAGGAUUUCCCAAAGCAGGUGCACCUGCGCCACAGACGGGCCCCUCGUUCGGACGGGUGACCAACAGCCAUCAGAAGAGCCCGAAUCCUCCUGCGCCUAAAGCUAACCCCAAAGACGGAGAGGAUACGCUGGUACAAAGAGCCGAACACAUGCCAGCGGACACGCGCACGCCCAUGUGUGCCCACUGUAACACCAUCAUCAGGGGUCCGUUCCUGGUGGCCAUGGGUAAAUCGUGGCAUAAGGACGAGUUUUCCUGUGCUCACUGUCACUCCUCACUGGCAGAUUUGGGAUUUGUAGAAGAACGAGGGUCUGUCUUCUGUGAGAACUGUUAUGAGCAGUUCUUUGCCCCCUCGUGCUGUCGCUGUCAACAAAAGAUUUUAGGGGAAGUCAUCAAUGCCCUGAAGCAAACCUGGCACGUUUACUGUUUCCUGUGUGCCUCCUGCCAGCGGCCAAUCCGUAACAACACCUUUCACCUGGAGGACGGACAGCCGUACUGUGAGACAGAUUACUACACUCUCUUUGGCACCAGCUGUCACGGCUGUGAUUUCCCCAUUGAAGCUGGUGAUAAAUUCUUAGAGGCGUUGGGCUUCACCUGGCACGACACCUGUUUCGUCUGUUCGGUCUGCACUGAGAGUUUAGAGGGUCAAGCCUUCUUCUCCAAGAAAGACAAGCCGUUGUGCAAGAAACACGCUCACACCGUCCAAUUCUGAACACACGUGUGUUGUACGAUAGCCAAUGAAAAUAGAUGGAGAACAAGCUGAUUGUGGUGUCAAGAAUUUACAUUUGAGAUUUAUUUGGCUAUGUUAAUGUGAAAUACAAAAAAAAUAUCAACAUGCGUUUAUGAAAAACAACUCAACAGCGAAAGCAAUUUUAGAGAAAUCUGAUCAAAUAGAUCAUAUUCUGACAGAUCCUGUGUCAGUAUUUUAAGUACUUCCUAAAUGAGGUAUCAACCUUCCUUCAUAACAGUUUUAACCCCUUAACUGGCGCAGAGUGGGACAUCUGAGUUUACUUCAAUGUUUUGCAUGUAAAUUUUAAUCAUGACAAACUACACUGCAAAAAAUGAUUUUCAAGAAAAAAAUUCUUAGUAUUUUUGUCUUGUUUUCAGAAAAAAUAUCUAAAAAUUCUUAAAUUAAGAUGCUUUUUCUUGAUGAGCAAAACGACCCAAGAAAAUAAGUCUAGUUUUUAGACCAAAAAUAUCAAAUGUAAGUGCUUUUGUGCAUAAAACAAGAAAAAAAUCUUGAAAUAAGUUUACCUUUUUAAACACUUAAUCAUUUUUUUUGUUUGUUUUAAGCACAAAUGACUGAAAACAGGAAAAAAAUACUAAGUAAGAAAUUCAGUUUUGCAGUGUAAGAAUGUAGUUUUCAUAUUUCAAAACCUUUUAUCAGUAAUAAUAAUGCAGUGACAGUCAUUUAUUAAUUUGUGACAAGAGUAUGCAGCAAACCAAUGACACCUAGUGGCCGUUCUUGGUAAAACCAUUAAGAGUGUAACACAAACCUCAUUUUUGUGAUAAUUGUAUGUAUAAAAUAUAUACUUUAUUGCAUUAUUUAUUUAUUACAAUAAAUGUAAAGUGCUAUAAAAAGUGUUAUUUAAUAUUUUCACCUCCAGACACUUUAAAGUGUCUUUUUAAAAGCAAGACCAAGAUUAAGCUUCUAGACCAAAACAAUGCCAGAGUUAUAUUAAUUUGAAGGGGUACAUCACCCCCCCACUCACACACUCAAAAAGGUCUGCACCAGUUAAGGGGUUUAAUGGUCCAUUAGGUUGCACUGUGGAUGUCAUUAUACAGUGUAUUUAUUCUGGGUGACUAUAAUGUGAUUGAAAGUUUGAUUAAGAAUACACUUUGCCAUAAGAGAAAAUAAUGUCAAUCUAUAUGUUAUCUGCAUUACAGAAGUUGUUAUUCUAUUUUAAACAGGUAUUUAAAAGAGGCUUUGAGUUCAUAAUAUAUUUUUCAAACGUCGCACAUGAAUGACCUGCAGACUGUAAGAUGAAUGGAAGUUUGUUACUGUAUAUCAGCCAGCGCUCUUCUCCUGCUGCUGUUAUUUAUUAGAUCAAGACUUUUGAUUUCUGGGCUUUUCAUGGGCUUUGCACAUAUUUCAUAGCACGGCUUUAAGAUGAACAGUGAUAUUUAAUGUUUUUAAUGUGUUUUUAAGUGAGCUCUGAUGAUCUUUAUGGGUUGAUUCAGUGUUUGGUUUAUAUUGUUUAAUGGUCAGAGUCAUAAUGGGCUUUAGCUUUAUUUGUGCCUGUGUGAUUGUGUAAAGAGAUAAACAUAUGUUAGUCAUUCCGACAGCUGUUAUCAUGUUUUAGCACUAUAGUUUUAAUCUAAUAAGGGGGUUGAUGGUUCAUGAACUUUUUUUUAAGCUUUGUGUUUUCAACUGUAAUACGUUAUAAAAUAAUAAAAUCAGUGUUCACAUCA